UUCUCCCAAAGGUGCACAGAGGAAGCCGCGGAGCGGGCAAACUGGCUCGCUGGCUUUCUCCCCGCGCCCCUCCCCAUCUGCCUCUCCCCAGGCUCCUCCUCCGGUGUCGCUGUCCCUGUCCCGGCCUGUGCGCGCUGGGCAGCCCCGGGCCGGAGCAUGGAGAGAGGCGCGGGCCUGCCGCAGCACAUCAUGGCCCAGGUGCGCGUCCAAGGCCGCGGGGCCGCGGCCAGCCUGGAGGAUCCGUGCCGGGAAGGCUCGCGGAGGCAGCAGGCGGCUGCCGCUGGGGACAGGCUGGCCGGAGGGCGGCUGCUGGACAGCCGCAGCUUGGAUGGGAUCAGCCAGGCGUACGGGGCCAGCCGGGCGCAGGAAGGGCGCCGCGCCACCAUCUCCAGCGCCCUGGAGCUGGAAGGGACGGUCAGCCACGACGGGGACCUCACCCACUUCGUGGCCAACAACCUGCAGCUGAAAAUCAAGCUGAGCUCCCGGGGCAGCCUGGAGGAGCCGGAGCCCCCGGGCCCGCCCUUCCCAGGGCUGGGGCGGAGCAAAGCGGCCGACAUCCCCCCCAUUGACCCCGCGGUGCUGGCGGAGCUGGAGCGCCUGACCCACGAGGUGGCCCACAAAGUGGACCAGAUGAUGAGGAGCUUGAGCGGCAGCAUCCAGAACAUGACGGCCCUGAGCGUCGGCUACAUCCAGACCUACCGGGACGCCGUGGACAGCCUGGGCGAGUCCGUAGACAUGAGCAUCAAAGGGAUGUACACGCUGAUGGCCCGCUGCGAGGAGCUGGAGCGCUCCAUGCAGCCGGUCCACGCCCUGGCCAAACAGAUCCGGGAGAUCAAAAGGACCCUGGAGAUAUUCGAGUCGCUGUGCAAGUAGCGCCGGUGGAAAACAUUUCUGGGCUGCUUUGUUAAUAUGGGGGAGUGGGGGAUCGCUGUGCUGGUUGCAAACUCCAAAAGGGAACGUGUCAUGUACUGUAUGUGGUUGUGUGUUUGUUUCAUGUCUUGUGCUGCCAUAAGCCUGGUACACUAAAAACAGACACUGCUUUGCAGAGGGUGUCUGAAAGGGGCUAAUUCCCCCUGAACGAUUACUUGAAAAAUUUCCCACCCUCUCUAUUCGUUAGAGGGGAUGAUGCAUGCUCAGGAUUUCCAAGAACCCUAAGGGAAUGAUGCUCUCAGAUUCAGUAGGAACCCAACUUCAGUGGGAGCUGGGCUGCUUUCAAAAUCCCAGCUGUGAAGCAUUGUCCGCCUGACAAGGGAUAGUGAACUGGAUUCUCCCAUCUGUGUAUUUCACCUUUCCCUGUAACAUAAGCAUAUUUAUACUUAAUAAAACCACUCUGCAAUUUGCCAAACAACCUAAAAUGUGUCCAUAGGAAAGAACUUCUGCUGCUGAGCCUUCCCCGUGUUAUUUUCCAAAGAGCCCAGCAUUGCUCUAGCUCGGCUCUCUUUGAAGUCAAGGGGAGGUUUACCUUUGAUUUCAGU